ACCUACGUUUCGAGGUGUGUACGAUUAUUAAAAGUCAAAAGUACGAAAACUUAAAUGGAUCUCGUGAUUACACGAAGUGAUAUCAACAAUUGGCAGUAAGGUACCAACUCAUCAAAAUCAAUUUGAAUGAAAACGUCUGCUACGUCUACGUUGGCCUGCGCUUUGAGCAUAAUAGCAAAUAUUACGGGAAUGCUCUUUUCCUAAUUGCUAAGCGUAUCCCGUGAGCGUGCACGUUGACUGAAGAAUGACAAAUCUGGAGGGCUAUCAACUCCUACAUCCUGAGUUACUUACGGAAGAAACUCUGUUAGAAAUCUUGAAGGAUAGAUGCAUUGAAGUACCCAAACUCAAAUCCAAGAGCAAAACUGAAAUGGUUGAGAUAUUCAAACGAGUAGCAUUACCGCUACCCCAAAGGAAGUGCAGCACGGGCACUCCUGUGCGGAAAAGAUCUCUUGGCCUGCCUAAUGGCAGAGAUGCUCAGGAAGCCACCUCAAUGAGAAUUGCUAAAAUGUCAUUGGAUACUUCACCAACUCACAGUAGUAACGAAAGCCUCUCCACCACAAAUAGUUCAAAAUCACGAAUAAUUCGUCUGUCAAAGUCAUCUCCAACUACAGAAACUUCUCCUGAUACUAAUAAACGAAAAUCUGAGAAAAAUUCUUCAGAACCAGUUCAUUCUCAUAAGCGGCAAAAAAUCACAUGGCCUUGAGAUUCCUUAUUAAACCUUGUUAAAUCCUGAAUUCAUCAUUACCUGAUUGCAAGUGUCACAUCAGCUGAUGGCAGAGAAAAGGGGCACAGGAAUUCAAGGAAAUGGUUGUAUAAGAAUACAAUUUAGUAUAACAAUUGGAUGCAUUCAUUUGUACAGAUUUUCUCUUUUGAUAGAAUCAAUAAAAUAUCAAUACAAUGUAA